CCGCUGCUGCCCGGUGCUAUUUGUAAACAGUCCGGCCGCCGCCGCUCGCCCUUUGCCGCCGUCGUUGCUGCUGCUGCCGCCGUUUCCGACCAAGAUGGCGGCGGGCGGUAGCGGCGGAGGCCUCUCGUCUUGCCCGCCGGGCGUCGGCAACGGCUCCGGCUGCAGUAACGGCGGCUCCGGCCUCAAUUACAACAACUGCGCCGUAGCCGCCGCGGUCUCGGUCCCCGCCAACCCCGCCGCCGCCGCCUCUUCUGCCGCCCCCAGCGCCCAGGCCGCGGCCGGCGGCGGGGUUGUCUCUUCGGGGACUGUGGCUGCGGGGCCCGCUCCGCCCGGAGCGGGGGCGGCGACGGCGGCGGCGGCGGCGGCAGCCGGGCCCCCGGGGGCGGUCCUGGUGCUCCACCGGGAGCCCGUCUACAACUGGCAGGCGACGAAGCCCACCGUGAAGGAGCGAUUCGCCUUUCUCUUCAACAACGAGGUGCUCAGCGACGUGCACUUCCUGGUGGGCAAAGGGAUGAGUUCGCAACGCAUCCCGGCACACAGGUUUGUGUUGGCUGUGGGCAGUGCUGUCUUCGAUGCCAUGUUUAAUGGUGGAAUGGCCACAACGUCUACAGAGAUUGAGCUGCCUGAUGUGGAGCCUGCUGCCUUCCUAGCUUUACUGAAAUUUCUUUAUUCUGAUGAGGUACAGAUUGGACCGGAGACUGUAAUGACAACACUUUACACAGCUAAAAAAUAUGCUGUCCCUGCCCUUGAAGCCCACUGUGUGGAGUUUCUGAAGAAAAAUCUCCGAGCAGACAAUGCAUUCAUGCUUCUGACCCAGGCAAGACUGUUUGAUGAACCCCAGCUGGCCAGUCUCUGCUUGGAGAAUAUAGACAAAAACACAUCGGAUGCCAUCAAUGCAGAGGGUUUUACAGACAUUGAUUUAGACACCCUUGUUGCCGUAUUAGAGAGAGAUACCCUGGGUAUUCGAGAAGUUCGUUUAUUUAAUGCAGUAGUCCGGUGGUCAGAGGCAGAAUGUCAACGACAGCAACUUCAGGUGACGCCUGAGAACAAGCGGAAAGUUUUGGGCAAAGCGUUGUCUUUAAUUCGUUUCCCACUGAUGACCAUUGAAGAAUUUGCGGCAGGUCCUGCUCAGUCAGGCAUUCUCACAGAUCGUGAGGUGGUAAGCCUAUUUCUUCACUUCACUGUAAAUCCCAAGCCACGAGUGGAAUUCAUUGACAGACCACGCUGCUGCCUUAGAGGGAAGGAGUGCAGUAUAAACCGUUUUCAGCAGGUGGAGAGCCGCUGGGGGUACAGUGGCACUAGCGACAGGAUAAGGUUCUCAGUCAAUAAGAGGAUAUUUGUAGUUGGGUUUGGAUUAUAUGGAUCAAUACAUGGGCCCACGGAUUAUCAAGUCAACAUACAGAUCAUCCACACAGACAGCAAUACUGUGUUAGGCCAGAAUGACACUGGGUUCAGCUGUGAUGGAUCUUCCAACACAUUUCGGGUCAUGUUUAAAGAACCUGUUGAAAUUUUGCCCAAUGUUAACUACACGGCAUGUGCUACUCUGAAGGGUCCAGAUUCGCAUUAUGGAACCAAAGGGCUGCGCAAAGUUACUCACGAAUCGCCAACGACAGGAGCCAAAACCUGCUUCACGUUUUGUUACGCGGCUGGGAAUAAUAACGGCACUUCCGUGGAGGAUGGACAAAUCCCAGAAAUUAUCUUCUACACAUAGUGCCCCCUUCUGAAUGAACUGUUCCAUACCUCUCUCCCCAACGCCCUUCCAGAUUCUUAUCCCCGACUAAGUUCGACCAUGCCAACGAGGAGCCACACUAGCCAGAGGCUGCUAGUGUAACACCCAGUUUUCUGUUCUGCUUUGUGCAGCUGCGGCUGCGACCACCUGCAGAUCAACUCAUUUUCAGGAAUCAAUCUGUAGUUGCCUGUGGCUAGUGACUUUUUCAUUUUAUCAUUAUUAUUCCUUGAGUUGAAGUGUCUUCCUAAUAUUGUCAUGAAUGUGGAUGCUUUUACGUUUGUAAAAAGCAUGAAACAAAAUGGCUUUGGUUGUGGUGAAAAAACUUAGCUGUGAUGAGACAAUCCUUUGAGAUUAAAAAAAAAUAAAAAAGAGAGGGUCAUAUUGAUCCCUGCCUUGUCCUCCA